CUUCCUGUGCUUUUCUGCAUCAGUCUUCCCUCCCAGCCUCUCCUUACCUCCCGUCCCCUCUGCUCACUACCUAUCUAAUAAUCGUGCCUCUCCUUCACACUAUCUACCGCUUUGUUUUUUCCCCUCCUCCUCUGCUGUCUCCUUCUCUCCUUCUCUCCCUCGUUCUCUCACACCACCUGUUAGUGCAGACGAAGAGCUGUGGACUCUGCUGUUUUAUGAGGGACUCUCACACACACACAAUCAGAGCUCUAUGACGGUGCGUAAAGGAAAGAAGCUCACCAUUUCCAUUCAGGAACACAUGGCCAUAGACGUCUGCCCAGGCCCUAUUCGACCAAUCAGACAGAUCUCUGCCUAUUUUCCCCGCCUCUCCCCAACUGGUGAACCCAUCUCGCCAAACCCUGCUGCCUCUCUAUCAGCCCACAGCCCUGGGGGUGGGGCUUCUGGAGUGGGGAGUAGUGGACUACUCUCCCCGCUGCAGUCAGGGGCAAGGGGAGGGGGUGGGACUUUGUCAUUAUCAAGUAGUGUGGAUACGUCAGUGGACAUCCAGAGUUCGGACAGUGACGACUGUACGGCUCUGGGGACGUUGGAGUUUGAGCUGCAUUAUGAAAGAGCCACUAGCUCACUUCACUGCACCAUCCUCAGAGCUAAGGGUCUGAAGCCAAUGGAUUUCAAUGGCUUGGCAGAUCCAUAUGUCAAGCUUCAUCUUCUCCCUGGUGCAUGUAAGGCUAAUAAGUUAAAAACCAAAACUGUGCGGAAUUCUCUAAAUCCAGUUUGGAAUGAAACACUAACAUACAUCGGAAUCACAGAAGAAGACAUGCACAGAAAGACUCUGAGGUUAUCAGUGUGUGAUGAGGACAAGCUGACUCAUAAUGAGUUUAUUGGCGAGUCUCGGGUAGCUCUGAAGCGUGUAAAACCAGACCAGACAAAACGUUUCUACACCUGCUUGGAGCAUCCACCCCCAUUGCCUUCUCCAACAGCCAUGGGAGCAGCAUUGCGAGGGAUCUCAUGUUACCUUAGAGAGUGGGAGAACGAGCAGCUGCAAUGUCUGGAGGAGCGCGGCCGUCUUCUGCUCUCGCUCCUGUUCCUGCCUCCGCCCACAGAGGGAGACAAAGAGGGCCGGCACGGGGGUCUGUACGUUGGGGUGCAGCGCUGUGCACACCUGGCUGCGAUGGACGUCAAUGGCUUCUCCGACCCCUACGUCAAAACAUAUCUGAAGCCAGAUGUUCAGAAGAAAUCAAAACAUAAAACAGCUGUGAUUAAAAAGACCCUCAACCCAGAAUUCAACGAGGAGUUCUUUUAUGAGAUCUCUCUCUCAGAACUGGUCAGGAAGACGCUGGAGGUCACAGUAUGGGACUAUGACCUGGGCCGGUCCAAUGAUUUUAUAGGAGGUGUGUGCCUGAGCUGUCAGUCACAAGGAGAUGCUCUACGCCAUUGGAUGGACUGCCUGAGAAACAAGGGGCAGAAGGUGGAGCGUUGGCAUGUUCUGACCAAUGAACUCCCUCAGAGCACUGGCCAGGAAUGAACAAUGGUUUGCUGAAGUGACACAGACUGAUGACUUAAAAGAUAGGCAUAUACAUACCCAAUAUGCUUGUUGGAGGGUAUCUUAAUGCCAUAUAGGGCAAAGGGCAAUGAUGCUGGAGAUUACACUGCGAGCACAUUCAGACUUUGUGCAGAUUCAGACUUUGUGCACCACAUGCUGUAUUCAC